CUAUGAAGCCGCAGCUCAGGGUUUGACGCAUCUCUGUCCAUAUCUCCCUCCUCUUCCUCGCCUCUCGCUGUCAUCCAGCGCGGUGCCCACACCUUGUUCAACUCGGCGCAUGAGCUGCCUGCAAACCGGUGGGGAGGAUCAGGAAUUCAAAAGACAGAAGACACUGUUAGGAAAACUGCGCUCUUUUCUGUUUUUUUUACCUACUUAGUUUAUUCUUCCUUUUUUUUUCUUUUCCUUUUUACCACAAGAAGCAGACAAACUCCGAGGAUUGCAUUGACAGUCUGAGCAAGUGCGUCGCCAGGGUGCGCGCCGCGGACUCCUACAGGGAUGAAGAGCGUGAAGGUGGAUUUUGGCAUGUAGAUGCGCAGGUGAAAGAUUCCAUCUGGAUGACAGGAACACACUUCACAGGGUGGAUAGAUAAAGCGCUCCCUGAGCCUCACAGCAGGGAUGACACAUGCUCUUUGUGAAGUUGGCAGCUGGAGCUCUGCUGUGGGUCAAAGUGGCCCUGCAGCUAAGGGACAAAGGCUUGUUCGUAAUGGUGCGGCAUAUAGGAGAGAAGUUGUGCCAUGACAGAGGGCAACGUGGGUAAAAGAGACAUGAGACAUCCGACCCCGCACCACCGCCACCUCUUCCUGGGUGGGGCUUUGCUACUUCUCCUUCUGGUGAACUCGGCCCUGAGCUGCCCAGCUCGGUGUGAGUGUUCUCCCCAGACCAAGUCGGUCAGUUGCCACCGCAAACGCCUGCCCAGCAUCCCUGAAGGCAUACCCAUCGAGACACGAAUGCUGGACCUCAGCAAGAACAAGCUGCGCAUAAUCACGCCAGACAACUUCUCUUCAUUCCUCCAGUUGGAGGACCUGGAUUUAAGCGACAACCUCAUCAGCGCAGUCGAACCUGGCUCAUUUCGUUUUCAACUUGCUCUACGCUCCCUUAGUUUCCGCAGUAACGUGCUUCAGAUGGUUCCUCCUGGCGUGCUGUCUGGGCUGACCAACCUCACCUAUCUUGACCUCAGCCACAAUCGACUUGUGGUUCUUCUGGAUCAUGCUUUCCAAGAUCUCCGCAGGCUGACAUCUCUGGAGGUUGGUGAUAAUGAAUUGGUUUUUAUCUCUCAGCGCGCCUUCACAGGAUUACUUGGACUUCAGAGUUUGACUCUGGAGCGCUCCAAUCUCACCGUUGUCCCCACUGAUGCUUUGGCACACCUUCAUAAUCUUGUCGAACUACGCAUGCGCUACCUAAGCAUUAGUUUGCUCAAGCCUUUCUCUUUUAAAAGGUUACCUCGCCUUCGCCAUCUGGAAAUCGAUUACUGGAUAUGGCUGGACUCACUGCCACCCCGCUCACUGCAUGGCCUCAAUCUCACAUCAUUGUUCAUAACCAACACUAACCUGUCUGCCUUCCCCGGUGCUGCACUGUCCAAUCUGCCCUACCUCACACACCUUAAUCUGUCCCACUGCCGCAUCCAGCAUAUUCACCAAGGAGUACUGGGCCAGCUUCCAUACCUAAUGGAGCUCCGCCUCCAGGGAGCUCAGCUGGUUUCAAUAGAGCCCUUUGCUUUUGUGGGCCUUAAAUCUCUGCAACUACUGGAUGUAUCACAAAACCGCCUAGACUCUCUAGAGAGGGCAGUGUUUGCCUCACCAGACACCUUGCAGAGGCUUUGUUUGGGUGGAAACCCAUUAGUGUGCGACUGUAGAUUGCUUUGGCUGCUCAGUAGCCACAAGCCUCCUUCUCUGCAGAUUCUGGAUAUGCAGCCUGAGUGCAGCGCACCCAAGCAUCUAAUGGGGAAAAUUCUCCGCGAACUUAAGGAACCUUUAGUCUCCAGGUACAUGACCUGCACCAAGCCACGGAUUAGGUCCAACAUGACACAGCUGAUGGUGGCUGACGAGGGUCAGCCGGCUCGUCUGAGCUGCACUGCAGAGGGUGCACCUCGACCCUCUGUGGUUUGGAUUACACCCCACAGACGUUACAUCUCGACAAAAAGCAUUGGCAGGGUAGAAGUCCAGCCAGACGGCACUCUGGAGAUCAAGGCAGCAGAGCUUCAUGACACUGGACAGUAUUUGUGUAUCGCCAGCAACCCUGCUGGCAACGCCAGCCUGUCUGCUUCCUUAAAUGUGAAGAGUAUGGGCCUGAUGGACAGGUUUCACUAUAACAACCGGAGCUCAAACUAUCUGGCAGACUCCAACAGCACGUGGGGAAAUGGAACAGUACUGUACAACAUGACAGUCCCCAUAGACAUAAAGACUAUCAUCAUAUCAACAGCUAUGGGUUGCCUGUCCUUCUUAGGCGUGGUUGUCUUCUGCUUCCUGUUGCUCUUUGCCUGGAGCCGCGGGAAAGGACGCCACAGGAACAACUUUGACAUCGAGUAUGUACCCCGUAAAUCCAAUGGGGCAGCUGCAGAUGUGGCCGAGACGAGCGGCCCACGGCGAGUCAACAUGAAAAUGAUUUAAAAUGGGAGCAGGCCGAUGCACACAUCACGGUGCAGAUGUAUCGGCUGAAAAAAACAAGUAUUUUUCUUUCACGACAAAGUGGAUUUGUGAAAAACGAAAGUGAUGUUUUAUUAUAGUGGGUGUCAAUAUGACGGUGAUCUAGUGAUAAAGUGGACAUGUGACUAUAAAAGUGAUAUAUGAAACCGUGGACGUGUUGAUAUGAAAUAAUGUUCUCAUACAGUACACUGAGUAUCAUACUAUAUUCAACAUAUCAAUAUGGGAGUGAUAUGGUGUUGCACUUGGCAUGAGGUUCAGUGGUGAUGUGAUGACUAAUGAUAUCUUCAACCUUACCAUGACAUCAAGGUGAAGGAGGGAGCCACUGGAAGUGACAGGGGGCAUCUUGAGUGGCAGUGCAGCAGUCGUCACUGCAACAUGUCCGCACUUAAUUGUGUCACACCCGUCAUAGCUGCAGUGUGAAAGGUGUGUGUCCGUGGGAGUGUGUGAGCGUGCACCACUGUGCAUUUGUGUGUCUCGUUGUGCAUGUGCACGCAUUGCCUUUCUCGUGGGAUGGGACAGUCAAAACAAACGGUUGGGGUCCUAAGCAUUUUUUUUUUCCAAGAUUGUUCAAACUUUAUUUUUUUGGAGUAUUGUAACAACAUUUGAUGAAAACUGAGAAUUAUCUAUGUUUGUAUGCAAAAUCAUACUUGCUCCAUUCUAAUGAAAUGCUGCAUAACCUUAAAUGUAGGGUGUUGUCCCCCAGGAAUGACUUCUACAUUAGGGGGUGGGGGUUGGGGGAUUUUUUUUUUAUUUUUAAUAAAUUUAAGGGGAUGCAAACCUGGAACUUUAUUCCGUUUUAGGCAAAACAACACUUUUUUUUUUUGUUCUUCUGUUGAUUUUUCUCUGACAAACAACAGUGGCCACAAUUUUUUAUUCUGAAAACGGCUUCCAGCCACAGACGGAGCAAGUUAAACCCAUCUUAUAAGACAAUAAAUCACGGCUAGAUUUUACUGCCAGACAAAUCCCUCGAUAUGAUAUAAAAAAGAUUGUGGCUAGACACAAUGGCUUAGAUUUACUGGCCGACGUCUUCUUUGGGCACGAUCAAGUAGAGCUCCUCAGAUUUAUGUGUUUCCCCCUCCUCUCUCAUUUCCCUUUGAUCGCACCACUUAACGUCAGUGUGUCCAGAUUCUUCCUGGGGGGUGUUCUAGGUAUUUAAUUGGUGGUUGUUUUGAAAGUUGUAGUGGUUUCCUGUAUUGUUAUUUUUUGGUUUGUUUUGAAUUGACAUUGUUUUUAAAUGUUUAGAAAAAGCAGUACACUUAUUAAGGGCAAUUCUUUAUAAUGCAGGGAAAUGGGGGUAAAUUUGUGUGAUCCUGUUGUGAUAAAUUGUUUAAGGUUGUAUAGUUGUUUUCAUAUGACAAAUUUAUGGGUAUAUUUUCAAAAGGAAAUAAAUCUUAAUCAUACCCCUGA